AUGCCACCAUUCACCGGCGAAGAGCCAAUUAUGCCGAUUCUUGAUGAAUCACCGUCGGUUGAGAUGCAAAAGUUUCGGCACGUGGCUGGGGUUCAGGAUGAGGAUUUUGAACGCGAGAUUGAUGAGGCAGUGUUGGAGGGACCGAGAGGAUCGAUUUUGAAAAUUGGACGGUGAGAUUUGGGUUUGAACUUGUAGAUGUUUUACGGUUUUUUCAAAAGCUUGAUUUGAUUUUAAAAAAUUUUUAAAGCCUACAAGAUUCUGAAUUUUUCAUUAACUCUCUGAAGACCCUGUUAAAGACAGUUAGAAUUGAGAUUUAAGAGUUAUUUAGUCCUUCUCUUACGAUUUCCUUUCCUGAUGUUCCAAUUCAAAAAACUCGCAGAAAAAAAUAAAUAAAUUCAAACGGUUUGAAAGCGCGGUACAGACAUACACCGCGACGCACAAUUACACACUACAAGUUGUAGUCUACAACCAUUUGUCAACUACAGUAGCCCAGUAUAAAAUAUAUUUGGUGUGUUUUUGGUCAAAACUAUUUUGGGCUAAAAAUAAAAAUUUCGAAAAAAAAAACCAGUUCAACUGGAUAGCUGUCUUUAAAUUUGUUCUGAAAUUUUUACACCUUCAGUAUUUUUUUUUAGAAAUCUUGCUAGGCUUAUAAUCCCUGAUUCAAUGAUUUUUAGUCUUUUGAAUUCUGAACUUGCGUUAGACUUGAACUUAUAUUCAAAUUAAUGAGUCUAUUGAGAAUUACAAAAGCUCUCUUGUGACAAGUCUAGGAUCAAUUUCCACAUUCCGUGAACUCCAAUUCUACCUUUCCACAGUCUUUCAAACCUUAUGACUCUAUCUCUAUCCUCCAGCUUCUCAAAGUUAUCUCAUCUCCAGCUGACCAAAAACCUUGUCUUGUCGCAUGACAAUAAAACGUUCCGCUCCAUCGCCAAAAACUUUGUGUUCUGCUGCACUUUUUCCUCGUCGAAGUAUACUUUGAACUCAAAACAUAAUUGAAAUUUUGUCAACCAGGAAGGAUUAUCCCAGAAAAAAACAGGGAACUUUUGAAUUUCAACAAUUUCGAGGGAAAAAAUGUGUGAAUAACAUCAUCUUGACUUUUGGUUUUACGUGAAAAACAACUAAUUAUCAAAUGGUCCCGGGGGAGCUAAAAAUGGCUGCGCUCAAAAAAUUUUCAUCAAUAACUCACUAUCAGUAGUAACCCACUUAAAAAUACACAUAAAUGAUUCAAAUAUUCAGGUAUGAUUGGUUUUUUUUUAAAUCAAAAAAAAUUCCAUCUCAAAUAUUUUCCAGAGGCGUUCACUGUGUAUCAAAUUCGCUGCGUCCACUUCUAACAUUCUUCCGAAUCUUGGCAAUUUUCCCAACCGAUUGUGAUCGACGAGUUCGUCGGCGACGCAGCAAGCAGACAAUCCUCAAAUACUGUUUCUAUUUGAUCUACGUGCUAUGUGUGAUUCUUCUCAACUCAUAUUUAAUCAGUUUCAAUUAUCGGGUACUCGGUCUCUACAGGGUCAAAUUCGGACUAAUGCAUACUGGAACAGUCGCUUCGAUGAUAACCGCCACAAAACCUGUGAUAAAUGUGGUCGUCAUAUUCCUAAGUCUAAUCACAUUUCGACAACAUCGCCGGCUUCUAAAAACCAUCGAUAUGGUGGAUGUUUGCUUCAGAAGUGCGUUCAAUGUUUCGCCAUCGCUGAAAAUCUACAAAUUCGUCUUCUUCCUCAUCUUAUUCUUGGUCUUCAUGUCUAGUUUAACGCUGAAGAUUGCUGAAUUUAUCGGAACUGAACAAGUCUUCGGACACGCUAUUAUGUCGGAUAUGUCGUUUUUGAUUGUGCCAUUGUUAUCGCUUUGGAAUAUUAUACCAUUGUUAUAUUAUCAUUUGUAUAAUGUUUUGAUUCGGUUUUAUUGUCGGUGAGUUGAGGAAAUUUUUGAUUUUUGGUUGGUUUUUAAAGUUGAAGCGCACUUUCUAGAAAAAACAAGCUUGAUUGAUUUUUUUAUUAUUCAAAAAUUCGAUUUGAAAAAAUAUUUCUUGGCACUGUGAACGUACAAUUAAGUUUUCAAGAUAAAAUUGCAGACCUGAAAUUUUCACAUUCUUAAAAUGAUGAUCAAAUCGUUUAAAACACCUACUAGUUAUCUCUAAAAUGAGCAGUCUUUGGCCAUCCAGCUGAAAAUUUACAGUAGUCUAGACUAGCCUUAUUUUCUGAAGAAUCGACAGCAAAAGAUCUAUCAUAAAAUUUUCCUGGAUGAAAAAACUCCAAUUUUUUCAGAACCCUAAUUCGCUCUAUGAAUCGUGAACACAAAAAACGCCACUUCUCACUCAAAUUCUACUAUGAGCAAUUCCUACGCAUCACAAAUGUUCAAGAAGCCGUCGGCGAGGUUUUCAACCCAUUUCUGCUGUUCUCUCUCGCCUGGAGUCUUAUAGUCGUGUGUUUAACCAUCUACUUUCUCUCUGAAGACACCUCGGUACUUAUGGUGCCAAUAACAGCCGAUCAGAUCAAUAAUCUAGAGAUCAGAAACAAACUCAACACAACUGUUCAUUUCUCAAUCUGUUGGGCGUCUUAUCAAUUGAUCAUGGCACUAUUUCAUAUUGCGAUGAUUUGCGCCACCGGAAUGCGGACGAAUGAAACGACGCGGCAAAUCGUGAACGCCGUGUUGAGAAUCGUCCCGGAUGCCAACGCAGACUUGGAUCGUUUCCAAAUCUCGUGCUUUGUUCACAAAAUGACAACACAAUUUAUGUGGGGAAUGACUGUUUGGCGAGCUUUUCCGCUCGAACGUGCCACAUUUUUCACAAUUUUAUCGCUGGUUGUGACGUAUUCGCUGAUUUUAUUCCGCUUCAAGGAGAACAACAUUCCGCUUCGGGGAGGUGAUCCGACAAAUGCAACCUAUGCUGGUUAA